AAAACCUAGUUCAUAAAAAAGCGUUUUACUCCGGAAACACUUUGAAACGAAAACCAUGUCUGAACGAGAAGUGCUUUGAACUUUUCGGCUCAUCAUAUUUUUCCAGUUCAGUUUGCCAUAAAGCAAAGUCGUCUCCUUUGAAGAGCGCUACCGGAUAAGCUUGAUCGAUACGUGGACUUGUGAUAAACGCCGAGAGAAAUGGCAGACGGAUGGCUGAUUUUUCUGUUGCUGUUCAUGGAUGUUUGCCCGUAUCUGGCAAUUCCUACGACAACCAAUAGCGUCUCGACAACUGCCACACCCCACCCCACCACAGGAGUAUUCCGCCCAUCAAUCAUCGAUGACGACGAAGGUCGCCUGACACGUGACUUGUUCGCGGGCUACAACCCCAAGCUACGGCCUGUGUUCCACAAACGAGAGAACGUGACCGUCGUACUCGGCAUGUCCGUACACCAGAUCAUUGACGUGUAUGAAAAAGAUCAAAUAAUAAAAACAAGUUUCUGGGUUAGACAGAUCUGGUACAACCCUUUUCUGCGAUGGAAUGAGACUUUUUAUGGAGGAAUCAAAGAGAUUAACGUCAGUCCCCUGCAGGUGUGGACUCCCGAUCUCGUGCUGUACAACAAUGCUGACGCUAGUACGGACGGCUCGCUGGAGAACUUCAAGACGCGCAUAAUCGUCUCGAGUGAUGGAAAGAAUAUGUGGCUUGCUCCAGUGAUUUUCUCUUCUUCUUGCACUAUUAAGAUCAAGUACUUUCCAUUUGACGACCAGUACUGCAGUCUCAAGUUUGGCUCGUGGACGUUUGACGGUUUUCACCUUGACCUUAAACCUGAGGCGCCUCAGGCUUCCCUCUCCAAAUUUAUACCGAAUGGGGAAUGGGACCUAAUCGGUGCGCCCGCGAUACGCAAUGUACUGCGGUAUGACUGUUGCCCCGCCCCUUAUCCUGACGUCACAUUCACGCUACAUCUUCGCCGUAGAGUCUUGUUUUUCCUGUUUAACCUGAUAAUACCAUGCUUCGUCAUUGUCGUAUUGACGUCGCUGUCGUUCUACCUCCCCCCUGACUCGGGCGAGCGUAUCUCUGUUGUGAUCACCAACUUGCUCGCCAUGACGGUUUUUAUGCUCAUGGUCGCCGAUAUCCUCCCGCCCACGUCAGACGAGGUGUCAAUCAUCUCCAUCUUCUACUCCUGCAGCAUCAUAGAGGUGGGCAUAGCUCUCCUUGGGACUUGUAUCGUCCUCAAGUACCAUUUCUGCAGCACUUCCAUACAUAAGAUGCCACCCUGGGUUCGCUUCCUGGUCAUUGAGUGCUUGGGAAAAGUCUUUUGCCGCCAGGAACAUACCACCGACCAGGAAGAUUCCAAAUCAGACACUAUCAAACUCGACAACUGCAAACACAAACUCGAAAACGGCCUAAAAGAUCCGUUGAUAAAACAGUGUAAUUUCUUCGGGAAGUUCGGAGUGAGGGAACGAGGUAGAUCGUCUGGGAUGAAAACUACGGACGGGGGGUCCAAUUUGAGCAUGACCCAAGACGACGAAGGGCGUGGUCGAGGAGGUACCCCUUACUCCAGUCAUCGCAACAUGGAUGAUAUCAUAGCUGCUGAAGCCUCGAGUGAUAGUACCGUCUUUGCGUUGCUUUCGAGACAGGAAUCAAUGGUGAAGAAUUUGGAGAUUCUCGCGCAUGCGCAGAGAUGUCAGGAUGAGGAAGACAGGGAGAAGAAUGAGUGGAAACUUGCAGCGUCUAUCUUGGAUAACUUUUUCUGCUGGUUGUUUUUGAUGAGUAUUUUUAUCUCGUCCAUUGUGCUUUAUGUUCGUGUUACGGAAGCUCAUUCGGUCAAUUCAUCAUGACCUUUCACCAUGGAAGGCGUCCAUCUUGGAUAACUUUUUCUGCUGGUUGUUAUAGAUGAGUAGUUUUUAUCUCGUCCAUUGUGCUUUAUGUUCGUGUUACGGAAGCUCAUUCGGUCAAUUCAUCAUGACCUUUCACCAUGGAAGGCGUCCAUCUUGGAUAACUUUUUCUGCUGGUUGUUAUAGAUGAGUAUUUUUAUCUCAUCCAUUGUUCUUUAUGUUCGUGUUAAGGGAGCUCAUUCGGUAAAUUCAGCAUAACCUUACGACCAUAGGACAGUUCGACCAUAGGAUCUUUAAAAAGGGCACAUUUUGAUCGAAUAUUCAGGGGCGGAUCUAGCUUUUUGCUAAAGGGGGGGUUUGGCUGAUUGACAAAGGGUGGAGGGGGUAGUUUUUUGUUACAUAUGGCUUUCUGGCAGCUAAAGGGGGGGUGGGGUUAAACCCCCUAAAUUCGCUACUGAAAUUUGCAUUUCGAUCAAACAUGAUACACCAAAAACCGGUAUUCUACUUUGACAAUACCAGUGUAUUGGUGUAUUUGGUGUAUGUACUUAUUCUUCUUGUUCACGAACACGACAAUUUGGGCUUUUUGUAUUUAUUCGAUCAAAUAUGGGUAAAGCAGCCAACCAAUUAAAAUGGGCAUUGCGAGCAACAAUGGGAACUUCGAUCAGAUAUACGCAUUGUAAACAAAUAAAAGUAUUGUAACCAAA